GAAGCUUCAAAACUAUGCGUUUCAGACAAUUACAGAGCGCCAUUUCAUGCCCAUUUCGAGCUCGAAAACUAUCUUCAUCAUCCAUAAAUGUCCAGAUUAAACAGUGCAGUAACUGCAAUUUAUCCAAACCCGUCAGGAAAAAGUUCACCAAAAAGCAAAAGGCUGAGCACAGAGUUAAUUCAGACUCGGACGUUGUCAAAAGCAACAUUGCCAUCACCAACUACAUGCGCAAUGGCCAAUUCGAUGCCGCAUUGCAGCUUUUCAAUUCCAUGGCACGAAAGACCUCGGUCACCUGGAACACUAUGAUUUCAGGGUACCUGUCGAAUGACCAAUUUGAGCUUGCCAAGAAAGUGUUUGAUAAGAUGCCGCAGAGAGACCUAGUCUCCUGGAAUGUUAUGAUUAGCGGGUACAUCAAGAAUAAAAAUCUUGGGGCUGCGAAAAUGUUGUUUGAUCAAAUGCCUGAAAGAGAUGUGGUGUCAUGGAAUGCGAUAUUAUCAGGGUAUGCGCAGAAUGGAUAUGUUGAUGAGGCAAGGAGGAUUUUUUAUGAGAUGCCAGUGAGGAAUGAGAUUUCAUGGAAUGGGAUUUUGGCAGCAUAUGUGCAGAAUGGGAGGCUGGAGGAGGCGAGUAGGUUGUUUGAGUCGAAAGGGAGCUGGCCAGUGGUUUCUUGGAAUUGCUUGAUGGGUGGGUAUUUGAAGAAGAGGAGGUAUGUGGAGGCGAGGCGUGUUUUUGAUACAAUGCCAGUGAGGGACAAGGUGUCAUGGAAUACGAUGAUUUCUUGUUAUGCACAGAACGAGGAAAUGCAGGCAGCAAGGAAACUGUUUGAUGAGUCACCAGUGCGGGAUGUGUUUACAUGGACUGCAAUGGUAUCAGGGUACGUGCAGAACGGUAUGUUGGAUGAGGCCAGGAGAGUUUUUGAUAAGAUGCCUGAGAAGAAUGCUGUUUCGUGGAAUGCAAUGAUUGCUGGGUAUGUCCAAUGUAAGAGGGUGGACUUGGCAAGGGAACUAUUUGAAGCAAUGCCCUGUAGAAAUAUUAGUUCUUGGAAUACUAUGAUAACGUGCUAUGCUCAAAAUGGUGAUGUUUCACGUGCUCGGAGUUUGUUUGACAGGAUGCCUCAUCGUGAUUGUAUAUCUUGGGCAGCGAUUAUUGGAGGUUAUGCACAGAAUGGUGAUAGCGAGGAGGCAUUACGUAUGUUUGUGGAAAUGAAAAGAGACGGGGAGAGGAUGAAUAGGUCAUCAUUUACUUGCGUUUUAAGCACGUGUGCUGAUAUAGCAUCUCUGGAGUUGGGGAAGCAAAUACAUGGACGGGUUGUCAAGGCAGGUUUUGAAUCUGGAUGUUAUGUGGGAAAUGCUCUUCUUGCAAUGUAUUGUAAAUGUGGAUGCAUUGAAGAGGCAUAUGCUGUGUUUAAGGAAAUAGAGGAGAAGGAUCUCAUCUCUUGGAACACAAUGAUUAAUGGCUAUGCAAGGCAUGGGUUUGGCUUUGAGGCUCUUCAACUUUUUGAGGCAAUGGAGAGAGCUGGCAUCAGACCUGAUGAUGUUACCAUGGUUGGUGUUCUGUCGGCUUGUAGUCACACUGGCUUAAUAGACACAGGCACAGCCUACUUUGAUUCAAUGACUCAAGAUUAUGGCAUAAUUGCAAAUUCAAAGCACUAUACCUGCAUGAUUGAUCUCCUGGGUAGAGCAGGACGCUUGGAUGAUGCUCAAAAGCUUAUGAAAUACAUGCCUUUUGAAGCAGAUGCUGCAACAUGGGGUGCUCUCCUGGGGGCAAGCAGAAUGCAUGGUAAUGCUGCUUUGGGAGAAAAGGCAGCCAAAAUGAUUUUUGCACUUGAACCUUGGAAUGCUGGUAUGUACGUCCUCCUUUCAAAUUUAUAUGCUUCGUCAGGAAGAUGGCCUGAUGUUGGUAAAAUGAGAUUGAAAAUGCGGGAUACUGGUGUCAAGAAAGUACCAGGGUAUAGCUGGGUUGAAGUGCAAAAUAAAAUUCACACAUUCUCAGUUGGUGAUUCAACCCAUCCAGAAAGUCACAGAAUUUAUGCCUUCUUAGAAGAGUUAGAUUUACGGAUGAAGCAUGAGGGUUAUGUCUCUUCCACUAAAUUGGUCUUACAUGACGUGGAAGAGGAGGAAAAGGAGUAUAUGCUCAGAUAUCACAGUGAGAAAUUAGCUGUCGCAUUUGCAAUUCUAAAUAUUCCAACAGGGAGGCCAAUACGUGUGAUUAAGAACUUGCGGGUUUGUGAAGAUUGCCAUACUGCUAUCAAGUACAUAUCCAAAAUUGUUGGAAGAUUGAUAAUUGUGCGCGAUUCUAACCGCUUUCACCAUUUCGGCGGUGGUGUGUGCACUUGUGGGGACUACUGGUAGGUGUAAAGAUUUCUAAAUUAGCACAGACUUGAAAGCUCUAUCAUCUUCCCUCGGCCUACCGCUGUUCAGACUGGCAGUUUGAAUAUCAGGGCUCCAGGCAUCAAUUUUUCAGUACUUUUGGGACAGCAAGCUAGAUUGUUGCUUUCCCAAUUUGUUAGUUGCAUCAUCUGUGGUCAAAUACUUUUAGUGCUGAUUUCUUGUGUGAAGACAUAUGGAGUGGACUCCUUAAUAAGGAGAUGAUCAGAAUGUAGAAUCUUGGAACAUGGGCCCAUGCUCAUGAUCUCCAGGCUGCAGCAGUGGUCAACUUCAUGCUGCUUGGGUGGAGAUUUCUUCCAACCGGCUCGACCAUGCUCAAACAGAAUUGCAGCCUUGUUGGAUAAUGAGCUGGAAGGGUGAAGGUGAACCGGCAUCAGUGUUGCUGGGCACAUUGAAACUAAGCAUGAUUGUUGAAUUGGACUCUCAGAUUACAAAUCUAAUUAAAGGAGGAGAAUGCUCCAUUGAUCUUAGAUUCCAUGUGCACUUUCCUCCCAGGAAUGGAGUGUAGGAUUGAUGAUUUUGCAUGCAUUGAUUCUGGGAACAUUUUUUGCCUGCAUAGGCGCAUACUGGUGUGAAGCUGUAACCUCAGCCCCUCAUAGUGUACCGAAUUUUGGUAUGUUAGUUUUUGUUAAUAUGUGAAAUAUAGUUUUUGUUAACCACAAGGGGUGAAUGGUCUGUUAUAUAUCAUCGUUCUCAAUAUUUGUCAAU